GUUUCAGUUUCUUUUCUCCGAUAUCAGGAGAGGGAGGGGCCGCUGGUAGGCUGAACCCCGGUGCUGAGCAAAGCCUACCCCUGGCUUUCUUCAGCGCUUCAGCCUGGAGGAAAGAUUUCACCUUCGGGGCCCAGCGGUGAGGGUCUAAAGGUGUGUGCGAAGAUUCUGUCUGUUCACAGCUGAAAACUAGGUGCUUUCUGCCGUCGUCGUAUCACCCACCUUGAAGGAUCCGAAGUGGCCGUGCUGUUUUAAGUUGCCUUUUCAGACUGAUAUACUGUCCUUUUAUAAUCUGCCUAGCCAGCCAGCAGUCCUUAAAAAAGAAGAGCCUCCGAAGUUAGGACAAGAAAAAACAGGGGAGCAGUAUAAUGGCUUCAGCAUUUCCAAUGCAUGUACAGAAGGAGACCAUUUGCCCCGUCUGCCAAGAGCUUUUGAAAGAACCCCUGAGGUUAGGCUGUGGCCACAAUGUAUGCCAAGCCUGCAUCACCAUGAACAAAAAGAAUGCAGUGAUCAACCCCAGAGGAGAAAGCAGCUGUCCUAUGUGUGGUACUAGAUUCUCAUUUGAAAAUCUACAGACUAAUCAGCAUCUGGCAGACGUAGUAGAGAGACUCAGGGAAGUCAAGUUGAACCCUGACUUUGAGAAAAAGAGAGAUCUCUGUAUACACCAUGGAGAGAAACUACUUCUCUUCUGUAAGGAAGACAGGAAGGUCAUUUGCUGGGUUUGUGAGCGUUCUCAGGAGCAUCAUGGUCACCACACCUUCCUCCAGGAGGAAGCAGUCAAGGAAUGUCAGGAGAAUCUCCAAACAGCUCUCCAGAGGCUGAGGGAGGAGCAAGAGAAGGCGGAGAAAUUAGAAGCUGACAUCAAAGAAGACAGAAUUUCUUGGAAGUACCAGAUCCAGACUGAGAGACAGAGGAUACAAACGGGUUUUAAUGAGCUCAGAAGAAUCCUGAAUGAAGAGGAACAGAGAGAGCUGAAAAGACUUCAGGAAGAGGAGCAGCUGAUACUUGCCAGCCUGGCAGAGGCCGAGGCUGAGCUGGCUCAGCAGAGCCAGUUGGUGGAGGAACUUAUCUCAGAUCUGGAGCGCCGGUGCCAGUGGUCAGCUAGAGAGCUGCUACAGGAUAUGAGCGGUAUCUUGAAAUGGAGUCAGAUCUGGACAUUGAAGAAGCCAAAAGCAGUUUCUAAGAAACUGAAGAAGAUAUUCCAAGCUCCUGAUCUGAGAGACAUGCUCUGCACCUUCAGAAAGCUAACAGCUGUCCGCGGCUACUGGGCGGACUUCACAUUUAAUCCAGAAAACCUAAAUUUGAAUCUUAUUCUUUCAGAAGAUCACAGACAAGUGACAUCUGUGCCCAUUUGGCCAUUUAAGUGUUAUAAUAAUGGUGUCUUGGGCUCCAAAUGUUUCUUCUCAGGAAAACAUUACUGGGAAGUGGAUGUGUCUAAGAAGAGUGCCUGGACUCUGGGAGUGUAUGCUAGAAAACGUACUUUAAAGUUUGAUGUUAGACGAGGCAAAAGUCAGCCAAAUGUUUACCACAGAUACAAACCUCAGAAUGGCUACUGGGUUAUAGGGCUACAGGAUGGAUCAAAGUAUAGUAUCUUUGAGGAUUCUUCCAACUGUGACCCUACAGUUCUGACCCCCUUUGUGGCUGUCCCUCUCCAUCGGGUUGGGGUUUUCCUUGACUGUGAAGAGGGCACAGUGUCCUUCUUUAAUGUCACAAACCACGGGUCACCCAUUUACACGUUCUCUCAAUGCUGCUUUUCCAAACCUGUGUAUCCAUACUUCAAUCCUUGGGACUGCCCAGCCCCCAUGACCCUGUGUCUUCUGAACUCCUGAGUCUUCUCAUUCUCAUCAAUUUCUGGUAUUACUUCUUGCCUUGAGGCUCCCCUUUAUCUGGACAUACCUGUGCCAUUUGGACACCUUUUCCCUUGGUCUCCCUUCUUAAAAACUUAAGUCGUGCUUAGAUGUGGUGAAUCUGGCAUCAUUUUGGAGAGAUGCUUACCCAUUUACUCUUAUUCAUAUCCUCAAAGGCAGCUAAUCAAGCUGAAAGCCCGCUGGAUCAAUCAGUAUAACAUCCAUGCCCACUGACUUCAUAUUUCCCUUUGUCCUGAAGAAAUGAGAUGACACCAGUUAGCCACUCAUCUCUGUUACUUAAGAUAAUCAAUAAGAACUGGCCUCCUGACCAUCACAAUAAGUUUUUAAGAAUAUGUUGGCUUGCCUAGGAUAUCUCACGUUCAACAGGGAGUCAAGGAAUAGAAAAUAUAAACAGUAAUGUAUAGCCUAGAGUUGGGGUUGUCUGGUAUACAAAUACAAAUUCUGCCUCUUACAAAGUGUAAUAAAUUAACAGAUUUUUUAAAA